UCUAAAGAAGUUCAUUUAUUUUCGUUUCAGGCUAUGUCAAGUGUUCCGAAGUCUGAAAUUCAGAGUAAAUUGGUGUCUGCUGGCAUAUCAUGUCUACAGGAUCAUCCACUGUCAUUGUCAGAUUUAAGAUCCUUUAAAAAUAAAGUUAUUCCAAACGGAAAUACGCCAAAAUGUUUCGCAGCUUGUUUGUUCAAGAAAGUAGGAAUAAUGGAUGACAUGGGAAAAAUCUCGCCAAUGAGUGCACGAGAACACGCGAAACAAGUGUUCAAAGGGAAUGAAGAACAUUUAAAGAAUGUUGAUAAACUUAUGGAGGAAUGCUCAGCAGUAAAUCAACAAAAUACCAGCGACGGCAGUAAGGGAUGUGAUCGAGCCAAGCUUGCUUUUGGAUGUUUCGUUGAUAAUGCACCUAAAACGAAAGAUGUGUACCAGGUGUUAUUCAAAGGCACGCUGUGUGAACUUUCUCUUCAGUAA